CUGCCCUGUGCCUUCCAAGGUUGUCGCCAAGCCCCACCUCUAGCUUCCCCACAUCACGUUGACUACAAUCCGAGAAAUCCAGUAAACCGACGUGCUCUAGGACGAAUCGGCUAGGAGCUCGAAACAGACACAAUGAAUCCACGUGUAGAAGAAGUCAGCGACUCGGACAGCGAGCCGUCGGAGAUGGACAUUGACGACGUGCCUUCUCUGACGAACGCGACCAAUGUCCCCAGCACUAGCACAUCUUCAAUGCCCAAUCAGAUGCUCCAGCCCCAGAGUCCCUCGAUCAAGACGUCGACAGACCGCGAAAAGUCCAAACACUACCAAUGUCUCUACCCCGUAUACUUCGACAUAUCACGGACAAGGGCCGAAGGCCGCCGCGUAGGGAAGGAACUCGCUGUGGAAAACCCUCUCGCGCGAGAGAUGGCUGACGCUGCUGCUGAUCUCGGCCUCGCAACUGUCUUUGAGCCAGACAAGACUCAUCCUCAAGAUUGGAGCAACCCUGGCAGAGUGCGCGUAUUGCUCAAGCACGAGGGCAAGAUGAUGGACCGGGACAUAAAGAACAAGCACCAUCUCUAUAUUCUUAUUUCCCAAUAUCUUAAAGCACACCCGACACAGAAGAACACACCCUUCAGGCUGCCCAUUGCAGGCUUGCCUAUGCCAAAAGAGAUGCCUGAGCCGGCAAUACCAAAGGGCUGGAAGAUGAACAAAAUCCUACCUCUGCAUUCACCAGCGCUGACUGGAGGCGGCGUCAGCGAGAAUUUUCUGCAAGAUAUGAUGGCAGAAAUGACGGGCGAGACGCCCGGUAGCGGGGCAAGCAGCGGGGCAGAAACCAAGAAGAAGAUCAAAGACAAGAAGAAGAAGUGAAGGACCAACAACGACGAACCUGAUAUACCCUUGUCGGAUCCGUAUCGUGAUCAAUGGCCCGGUAGUUAUUUUACGACUCCAUGCCACAAUAAUGCAGCGUUGUAACUGCCAAUGUCUUGUCAAAGCUUACUUCGGCACCUGCUUCAAUUUCUCUUGUUGCAGAAGGUGAACUCUCGCCAAACCUGGCAUGGAAAGACAGAAAACAUGAAAAAAAGCAUACAAC